GUCAUUCGCUAUUAAUUUUCUUUGACAUAAACAAUUAACAUUUUGAACAAAAUAACGUGUAUGGGAGUGUAAAAUUUCACUCCAUUCCAUCAUUAUGGAUACAGAAGAUCUUCGAGGCCAUCCAAUUGACGAAAAUGAGGUUAACCGAAGAACGGAAUUGAUAACAAAUGCCGCUGAAAAGUACUUGAAUGGUGAAGUGUCGGAAACAGACAACGCUACGACGGUCGAAACAGUGAUGGCUCAACAGUUGUUGACAACCACUCCAUUGGAGAUGGGACUGCAGAUGCACAACAUUACCACAGACGUCUCACAAGACAGAAAGAAGAGAGACUCGCAUAAUGAGAUCGAACGGCGUCGGAAAUGCAAGAUCAACAUCGGCAUCAUUAAACUUGGUGAUAUCAUCCCGAUAUGUCAGACAACCAAAAUGAGCAAGAAUCAGAUACUGGAGCAGGCGUGUCUUUACAUUGAUGAACUCCGAGAACAGAAAGAGAAACUCCUCCUGGCAAACACCUCCGACCCAGAAGCCGCUGAAGAAAUCAAGAAACUUCGGAAGGAAAACGAGAAAUUGAGAGCGGAGAACAAACGCAACCAGGAGAUCAUCCAAGACAUGGAGUCUCAUCCCAAUGGGAUGGUAGAGCAACCAAAAGUUACUUCAAGACACUCCAGGAAGUCUGACAGAGGGAGCAGUGCGUCUGCCACGAGCAAAGCAGCUGCGACGGCGCAGACGAAGCCACACAUAACCUACUUGCCAGGAGGACCUAAUCAAGUCACAGUCGCCGUCCAAGGAAUGAACCAGAUGCAACAACCUCACGUCAUCAGUGGCGGACAGACAACACUUGUUGGGAACCUUCAGGGCACCCCAGGUGGAAUGGCCAUCCUCCAGCCUAAUCCCAAUGGUUCGGGGUAUAUUCUUGUGCCGGCUGUGAAUAAAUACACAAGCACAUCGAUUCCUUCCCAGCAAAUUUCCAAUCAAACUUCAGUCGUUGUGAGCAUGUCUGGUAACCAGGCAACCAAUCAAGUUGUCAUCGGCAACCAAGCCUCGCAGCCAGUGUCGCUAAGUCAGGCCAGCAUCGAAGGAAGUGUUGUUACGACCCAGGCGCAGAUGACGAGCGGGCAGCAGGUGGCGCCACAACAGCAGCAGUCGACACAACUCAAUACAAGCAUCUCUGAUACAACCACAGCUCAGAGCACAAUGGUGACCCAGGCCGUAAACACACCGAUAACAACACCAGGGAAUCAGAAUACCGUCCUGGUGCAGAGUGGUAACGUCCAGGCACCUGGUCAGGUCCAGUCAGUGCGAUACAUCGUACCACUCGUACAAGGUGCUGGACAGAGCGGAACCACCCAGUCAGGUAAUCAAGCGAUCAUGCUGACCCUUCCUGUUCGCCAAGGACAGAAUGUACCUAUUCGCAUUGCCCCAUCAUCAGCUGCGCCCUCAACUCGUUCCUCGCAGCCUAUGAUCUUGCCCCAGCCUGCCUCUGGUGGUACCAGUGUUAACGCUCAGAUAAUGCAAGGAUCUGAAAGCACAACGAAAUCCAAGAAAAAGUCACUGACAAAGGUCAAAAGUAUUUCAGAGACCGAAACCGAGCCUUCACGUACAGGCUCGCCCUCCAUGAGCCAGACAGCCGGUCAGCAGCAUGUAAAUAUGGCUACUCCACCACCAGGCGGUGUAGUUCGUCUACCUGUCGCUGGAACAGGUGCUGAGACCAGUAACAUUAUCGUCAACUCACAAGGCCAGCAAAUUGUUAUGCAGAAGCCACAAAAUCAAGGAAUGUCGCAGAAUGUCAUGCCGAUGCAGAUAGUGCAGCAGAGUAGACCAAUGACGACGCAGAAUCUGGUCUACAUUCAACAGAACGGGCAGUUGAUUCCUGUGAUUCUGCAGCAGCAGAGCAAUCAGGCAGCAGCGGGUUCUGGAACACAGCCCAUCAUGCAGCCGAUCCAACAGCAGCAGCAACAACCACAACAAACGGGUGUCAAUCAGAACUAUGUGACUCUACCCAUCAAUCAGUCCGGGAAUAGAGUCUUACAGACCAGCAACGGGGGACAGUACAUCAUGUCCGGCCAAGGAUUUCAAAACACUAUGCCUGUGAAUACUCAACAGGGUGCUCCUGCAAACACAGGUGUGAGCUUCACACACCAAGCAAGUCCAAGCACCAUUGUGACAGGCCAAGGUGGAGGCUCUUCGCAGCAAAACAUUCUUCAUGUCCUGAAACAGGAGCCUCAGUCUGUUGACGACCAGAAGGGUUUUGUAACUCCUGGGGAAUCCAACAUUCUAGCUCCGCUCAACGUACUUACGUCAGGGCAGGAGUCCUCAGACCGUAACGAAGAUGACAUAGCAGAUUAUUCAAACGACAGAGACAACGAUAUCCUUGCCAAAGCAGCAGAGUCUAUCUUCUCACCGAAUUCGAUGGAGGAGAGCUCUCCAUUGCUGAAUUUCAGCGACAUCUCAGGGUCUGGAGUUGACAUCAAGCCUAACAUAACCCAGCAAAGCAUAAACAGCGCUGGUAUGGUGACCUUACAGUCAGGUUUAUCAAUUCAUCAGCAAAACCUGGGCCGUGAGUUGCCGACCAACUUCUCUACCCCUCUGCACAAUGUGGUGUCCACCUCUGACGACACGAUAGAUACGUCAACGCACCAUCAUGAAAAGCACAAGCCCAAGAAGAAAAAGAAAAAGAAAAACAAGGAGAAGGACAAAGAGAAGAAGAAACACCACCAUCAUCAUCACAGCCACUCCUCCAAAACUGGAACACCAACCGACGAAGCCGUACCAAUGAGUAAGUCAGGUGAUGUGUCUCUUGAGGGAUCACCUUGUGAGAGAGCUAACAUGAUCGCAGAGUCCUUGCUACAAAGCUGGAUGGAAAAACCAAAUGCUACAGACAAGGAAGUAGACGGACCUGGAUCAACAACUCUAACAUCAAACUACUCAACCGAAGCUCUAAUAGCUGGCAACUCAACAAACCUGCCGAUUGUCUCAUCUGCCAACAGCAUCGCUGUUUGUGGCUCAACAGACUCAACCCCAACCAAUUCAAGUAAUGCUUUUACGUCGUUUCCAUCCUUCAAUUUCGGAAGUGAUAUACUGAGCAGCUCAAUGAGUGUCAGCGGUCUACCUACAUACAUCGAAGAAGAGUCAGACUUUCAAAAGAACGACAGUGGAGUGAAUUCCUUAAAAGAAUUGACAAAUCUUCGAGACUCCAUCACCUCUCUGAGUGGUGGACAGUCUGUUGUCCCUCAACAGCAAGGUGUGGAUUCCGUAUCAAAUCUUAACUCUGAGCAACCUGUAGCGCCUGCUAACAGCAUCCAUCCAGGUGCAGUUAUUGCACAGAGUGAGGCCCCACCGGUUUCAUCCACGCAAAGCUUUAUGUUAGACUCGCCGACAGUCAGUCAAGCUUCAGUGGCGACAUCGGACAGUAGCGCGGCCGGUUUUGUCUCACCAAUCCCGAGUAUUUUCUCCAUCAACUCAUCAAUCCCGGAGAGCGGUGUCCAAAAGUCUGACUCGCGCACAGCUACCCCUGUUGCCAAUGAGAGUGAUCAGGAUUUAAUAUCAACUCAGGUUGUACAGCAAUCAGCGUGGAUAUCCCACCACUCUAAAGCAUCAGAGCUUGCCCGUGGAUUGCAGCCAGCCAGAACUCAGACACAACCUCCACCGUCCAGUGUUACUACCCCUAUUCAGAUGCCCGUGCCAUCGACAUCUUCAGACGUGAGCCAGCAAGGAGGGUCUGGGCUGUUUUCUCCACUUUGGCUGAGUCCUUCGUCCUCUCUCGGCAGCAAGCAAGCUCCCACAUCACAAACACCGAGUCAAGAAUCACCACCUCUCAGCUUCAGCCGUGAAAUGUCUGAAGGUUCGUUCCCAUCGUCAGAUCCGAUGCAAAACAUGGGAGACACGUCUUCAAAUAUUCAACAAGAGCAGCCCCAACUAAUGGACUUGAACAAAACUGCAAUGCCAAGUCUGCAACAUCUGCCAACAAGCGGGAGUCACGUUUCCCAACUGGAACGUCCCUCCAUCUUAGACGUUACACCAACGGUGACUGCCAUGGGUAAUCUUGAUUCACCCCAUUCUUCAGCAGAUUCAUGUAUUUCCUGGAACCCUAGUAACAUGAACAGAAGUCACAGAGUAGAUGACCACGGAGGAAUUGGUAGAGGUACACCCGAAUUUCCAAACCCCCUGCCAGCUCAAACACGGCCUGGAGGAAUGGGUCGAAGUACACCUGAAUUCCCAAACCCCUCACCAGCUCAAGCUAGGACAGGAGCAAUGGGUAGAGCCACCCCUGAUUUCCCAAAUCCCUCGCCAGUUCAAGCUAGGACAGGAGCAAUGGGUAGAGCUACUCCUGAAUUCCAGAACCCCUCGCCAGUUCAAACUAGGACAGGAGGAAUGGGUCGAAGUACACCUGAUUUUCCAAAUUCCUUGCCAGCUCAAACACGGCCAGGAGGAAUGGGUCGAAUCACACCUGAUUUCCCAAGCCCUUCACCUGGUCAACCUAGGACGGGAGCAAUGGGUCGAAGUACACCUGAUUUUCCAAAUCCCUCGCCAGUUCAAGCUAGGUCGGGAGCAAUGGGUAGAGCCACACCUGAAUUCCAGAACCCAUCGUCAGUUCAAACUAGGUCAGGAGUAAUGGGUCGAAGUACACCGGAUUAUCCAAACCCCUCGCCAGUUCAAACACGGACAGGAGUAAUGGGUCGAGGCACACAUGAAUUCCCGAACCCCUUGUCAGUUCAAAUAAGGACAAAUUCAGAGCUCCAAGGCCCAACAGAGACUCUACUGCAAGAGGCGCUCGAGCAACCCAACACAGCAACCCAGAAUAAUGGUGGUAGUGUUGACAAUAUUGGUCUCCAAAACCUCAUGUCUUUAGCGGAAAGUACGGCAAGACCGAGAACUGAAACCAUCAGUUUGACAACACCAACACCUUUGAUGUCUCCUCCGGGACGAUCUCCAGAUAGCGCAUCAAAUGCAGGAAAAAAAUCCCAGCCUGGAAAGACAUUCUCCAUUAAAAAUCUCCACCGAACCCUGACCUCGGAGAUUACAGAGUCUCCGAAGAGACCUAAAAGUCCCUCUCCUGUCGAGGAACCACCCCAGAAGCCCAAAUCAGUAGAGAAAACCAUUCCCCCGCUGAAAAUAAAAAUCCCCAAGAGCAAGCGGAAGUCCAGUUGCCAGAAGGAACAGCCUGAGAGGCCUGUAAACAACAGUGAGGUCAAAAUGGUUAAAGGGGCGCCCCCAAGCGAUAUGGAUCAGAUUGGAAAACGAGAGCUGAACCCAAAUCUGAUUGAUAAGUAUCCGUGGUUGGCGGAAGGAGAAGAGGAUGGAGAUGGCAGUCAGGCUACAGCUGGGGAGUACAACCAGUCCAGGGAUAAACACUCCUUCAGUGUACAGAAUAUCUCUCAGAGCUCACAGCGUAGCGGCCGUAAGGAUUCCAGUCUCGUGAUGACAAUCCAGAGGAGGGAAAACAGACAAGUUGUGAAGGAGAAGCCGAAAGCUAGCAAUCCUUCAUCAGCGGCGGUGACGUCUUCGCAAUCACCUGCCCAGGUGCAUUCCCUCUGGAACCCGUCCAAUAAUGAGGGAUAUGGUCGUCCCAAUGUUUCCCGAACAGAAAGCUCAACGUUGUAUUCCUCUCAUCUUAACGAUGCGCCAGCCGGGAUGAGAACCAACACUAAUGUGACGAGUUCAUCUCCAGUAGUUCAGCACAAUCAACAGCUUCAAUCUCAACCUGUUGAUGUAUCGCAGCAAUUCUCUAUGCCCAUGAAUCGAGAGCCAAACCCAGUCGUUCCUCCUGUCGUCGAGAAGGCAAAAACCAAGAAGCCGACCCGCAGGGGAUCAAAUAGCUCUAGUCAUUCAAUAAGGAGUAGUUCGGAGCCGGACUGCUCCCCCAUGCAGCCUUGUAUCAGUGAACACUCCUCGCCUUCGGGAUUCCCAGAUCUCCAGGUGCACAAUCUAACGUCGGAUUCUCAGCCUGGGCAGACAACUCAGACAAACAGCAUCCGCAGUCAGAGGCAGUCUCCGGUGAUCAACGUCCCCCACCAACAACCGCAGAGCAGCAGCAACGUGCCUGAUCCCAAGCGUUACCCAUUCCAGCAGAACCAGAACCCCAUGUUUCUUCAUCACGAAGAGUCACGUCCAGGUUCUAACCAUGUUUCAAAUUCCUACCAAAACUCUUUCCAGAACUUCAUGCAGACUGCAAGAGGAACAGAUUUUCUUGGGCAGUCAACAGACCCAACAGACCCUAUUGACUUUAAUCUGAAUAUGUUUGAUAACCAGAAGCAAAACCUAACAGAUCAAAAUGUGAUCAAUGCCUCUAGGGACUCCAGACAAGAGGAAAGCAGAGGAAUAAAUAGACAGGUGCACUCACAGCCGUCCUACAUCAGCCAAAGUGAAAUGGCGCAGGUAUCAGAUCCGUCCCAGGAAACGCAAAAUAAGAGCGUCAUCUACACCCAAUCAGACAUGAGUCAUUCUGCCCGCUUCGGAACAACACAGACGCAGUCGAUGAAUGUCCAGCAGCAUGGUCAAGCAGUCAAGAGAGUAUCAAACACGCCGGCUCAGAGCAACCCCGCAAAGCGUGCCAGCAUACACCACAAUCAUCAUAGUUUACCGCACAUGCCACCGCAGGACCAGCAGCGACAGUCCAACAUUUCUAUGGAAUUGCAUCACGCGACGAGUGUCGCCGAUACCAGGACGACGACACAUUCCAUGCAUCAAGCCAUGGUGUCCUCGCAUGCUACGACCAUGCGCAGAACCAACCCAAAUGAAAGAACGUUAACGAGCGCCCAAUCUCAGAGGCAGACCUUUGAGAGUGUGCAGAGUGCUCCCAGAUUCCAGGAGGGCUCCACGAAGGGGCGGAAACGCGGUGGCCAGAGCUCAGAACAGUUUUUCCAUGGUUUAAGCCAAGGGCAGAGUAUUGACAGCUCUUUACGGCAUAUAGAUGUCAGCGGUCAAGAGCAGUCAAACUGGCCUGGAUUCUCGACGCAACGAACCCCUGAAUCCUCCGAACCUUUCCUUCCGUUGUUCUCCUCCUCGGGGAUGACUCCUAGUCAAAAUGCGCCUUCAUCGUCCACGAAUGCCUCAAUUGUGUCAAGUUUAUCCCCAUCCACAUCCCGUAGGUUACGUGGGAAUGAACUCCCAACCUACUUACCUCAUUUGCCGGGGCCUAUCCUCCCAAGUCCGACGCAGUCAAAUAAGUCCCAUCAGAACCGCAAUGAGUCAGACAUUGGACCUCCUUUCAAUGCUAUGUUCGGACCUGGAAGACCUGGAACCAUCCCAAUGAAUGUCGCACCUAACUUUCCUGUCUUCACCGAGCACCAAACUCCGCACACCUUCAACGUUGGCAAGACAGCGCAGAUCAGCGGCGGGGUCAACGUUCCCCCACCUUUCAACUUCAGCCUGUUCAACGACCAGCACUCGCAACCCGGUCACUGCAGCGAUCCGCCGUUAAUCCCAGCUAUGCACCUCCACAGUAACCCAACACUCCAGAUGGAAGAUGGAAUGGCACUCCGAGGUAAUGUAGGAGCGAGACAUCCGCAGUCCUUUGGUAAUAAUGUAAGAAUUGACAGUCUUUUAUCACAAGGGGCACCGCCCGAUGGUCGCCCAUUCAAAGUUGGCAUGCCAAUGGGUCCUCACUACCAUUCAACGUUCCCAUUCUAAGAAGAAUUUUUUAUCGUAAGGUCUCAACCCAAGAGUGGUUAUUAUGCAAACUUUAUGAAAAUAUCCAAAACUACCUAUUAGCAAAGCAGAAAUCCUCAGAAUAACAGAAAGUUAAAGUCUCCUAAAAGAAAAGUAAUUGUGUUUAUUUUUCAUGGCCUGCUUUUCAGACUAUACAGGCUGAAGCUCUUUAGCUGAAAAAAGAUCUUUGAAACUGAGGUAGCCUUUUCAAACAUUGACAAAAGCAGUCAGCUUACCAGUGUGAGCAUUGCACACUCCAAUGGAGAAAAAAAACAGUGAGCAUUGCACACAAAAUUCAGGUCUUUUUUUCCAGAGUUAGCAUUGUGCACACAAGUGGACCAAAAUAGUUUGGUUUAGCCUAUACCAGAGUGAGCAUUGCACACACACAAAACACUAAGAUCGCAGGCUACAUGUAGUAAACUUAAAGGAACACGUUGCCUUGGAUCGGACGAGUUGGUCUUUGAAAAGCGUUUGUAACCAUUUUUUAU